AAAAAUUGAACUCACGAACCAAAACAUGGUUGUUUUUCAGCUUUCUUUGGGACUUAUUUUUGAAGUCUCUUUGAUUACAUAUUAAUUUACAUUAGCUAAGAAUGAAGAAUAUAAAUCGAAUUUAAAGUUAACAAACCCGAUAUGUAUUUUAUUUGAGAGGUUAGCGUCUCGAAAGUGCUAGCCUGCUAGUAGAUAUUCAAAGUUGUUACUGGGAUUAAACAUGAUUCUUAUUAGUUAUAAAUGAUUUAUGUAAUUUCAGAAUGGUUGUUGGAUCAGCAGCUUACCCAGGGAGGCAAGUACUCCACAAAAUGCAGCCGAUGGGAAUGACCCCUCGCGAGCUCUCGGAAUACGACGACUUGGCGACGGCACUUAUCGUGGAUCCUUACUUGACCAUCACUACACACAAAAUGAACAUUCGCUACAGACCCAUAAAAACUAAUAAAGAUGAUCUUAAGCAAAUAAUUAAGGAAUUUGUCCAAACUCAAGAUUACAAUAAAGCUUAUUCUAAACUAGCAAGUGGUGAAUGGAUGCCAAGACAUUUUAGUAAAAAUAAACAUCAACAAAGCAAACUUAGAGAACAUAUAUACCGCUACUUAAGGGUUUUUGAUAAAAAGGCAGGCUUUGUUAUAGAACCUUGCUAUAGAUAUUCUUUAGAAGGCAGAGUUGGAGCCAAAAUUUCAACAACUAAGAAAUUUUUUAAGCAUGAGAGAAUAGAUUUUCUUGUGGGUUGUAUAGCUGAAAUGACAGAGGAGGAAGAAAAACAGCUCCUUCAUCCAGGAAAGAAUGAUUUUUCUGUCAUGUACAGCUGUCGGAAAAAUUGUGCACAGUUGUGGUUGGGACCUGCAGCAUAUAUAAAUCAUGACUGUAGACCGAAUUGUACUUUUGAGGCUACUGAUCGUGGUAAGGCAUUUGUUCGUGUCUUAAGGGAUAUUGAGGUUGGUGAGGAGAUAACUUGUUUUUAUGGAGAAGAUUUCUUUGGAAAUGGUAAUUGUUAUUGUGAAUGUGAAACUUGUGAAAGGCGUGGGAAAGGUGCAUUUUCUGUCAAAAGUCCACACAAUGAUGAACAGGCUACAAGAUAUCGAUUUAGAGAAACAGAUAAUAGAAUUAAUAGAACAAAGGCUAAACAGAGUCAAAAGAUGAAUGGGAAAAAUUCUGAAAAGUCACGAUUGGCAGGUAGGCAAAAUUCAAAUAUAAUAUCUCCACUAAGUAUGAAAGAAAUGAAACAGAAAGGAUUGACAAAAUAUGAUGCUGAACUUUUAAUAGCCCAAGGUUGUAUUGCAGAUGUUGUAGAUGGUACAGGUGAUAAAGAUACACAAGGUAGUAGGGACUCCUCUGUUUCAAGCAGAGGUGAUAGGUUACGUCGUAGGACAGAUAGUGGUCGUACUUCAAAUGGCAUUAUGCCACCUGUAGGUAAUACUAAACGUCGAGCACCACCUUCAAGGUGUUGUAGCACUGCCAGUUCUCGUAGUAGUAGAGAUUCUCAUAGUGGAAUAGUGUUGAGGAGCCAUAAACGUCUUGAUAAUUUUGCACAGGCACAGACUACUUGUGCUAAAAUUAAACACAUUUCAAAAUGUGCACCUGAAACUAAGGAAGAAAGGAACCUUGAUACACCAAAAGGAGAGCCUGAUUUACCUGAUUCUUUAGAACCUAAUAAUGUUAUUGUUAAAACUGAACCCAUACAUAAUGCCCAGAAAGAAGAUAGUUUUAUUUUGGAAGAUGUUUUAAAUAUAAGUAAAACAGAAUUAGGGCACACUGAGAGUGAAUGUACUGUAAAAGAAUCUCUGCAAAAUGAUUUGAGUUCACAUAACAAAGUAAAAAUCGAUAGCCUCUCAAACAGCUCAGAUACUAAAGAACAAAAAAUAGACAAUGAUGAUUGUGGAAGUGGUAAUACAUACAUUAAAAGUGAAAUUUAUGACUUUAGAGAAAAUGUUAAUCCAAGUGAACCAAAAGAAUGCAAAUUGAACAAAAAUAAUAAAAUAGAUUUAAAUAAUCGGACUGAGGAACCUAAAAAGGAAUUGGACACUGGACCACCUUGGUUAGCAGAUAAUUCUAAUAAGAGCAGUGAGUGUCCAUGUACACCACCACGCAGAGGUUUAAAGUUGACAUUGCGAGUUAAGAGAAGUCCUGUAGUAGAGGAAGUAAUGGAUUGUGGUGCCACAACAGAGGUGCCCGAAUAUGAGGUAUUGCGGUUGGAAGGUGUUGAUCCUGAGACAGUAAGACGUAUAAAAAAACGCCGUCGGUCAAAAGAGCGUCAUCGAAAACAUAGUCCGAUCCGUCCCUUGCCCCCUAUGAAACGCUUAAGAUUAAUUUUCGGCAAUGAAAGUCGUACUAUCGAUUUACCUGCUGCUAUUUCGGCGGACUGACAGCCGCAACUACCUUAUGGUUAUAUUUCCACCGUUAUAAUUCAAUUAUUAGUUUAAUUUUCAUUUGACUAGGAUAUUUUAUCUAGUAUUUAUUUCAUUAUGUGAAAUUCUGAUUUGAGUAUUGUGUGAUAGGCAUCAUAU